CGAGCGCUCGACGCUGAGCUUGGCGCUCGCCCUGAAAACGGCGAUUCUGGAGCGCGCCCUCGACCAGUACCGGGAUUUCCUUUCGAAGACUCAUGCAUCCACAGCAGAGAGGUAUCCAUUUCUCGGCUGGCUCUGCAGUCCACGCCUGGGCGGGAAGAUCACUGGCAAAUCUGAUGCGCAGCGGUGCCGGGAGCUCGACCUCAGUUGCGCCGCGUGUCGGGCUCUCGCUGCGUUCGAACACCCGGGCCAAACCACGCGCAAUAACGACCAGACAUGCAUUUACGGCGUGGCGUUGUCGGAGGACGCGAUGCGAAACGCCAUCAAUCCAGCUAGAAAGAAGAGGCCCGCGUGGGUUGAUACCCAGAUGCCAGACGCGCUCAAUUACGACCCCUACAGCACCGCCCAGCACUCUGCCACAUCCAAUAAUUUCACACCGCAGGAUCGCAUGGCCCACAGUCCCGGGUCGCUGUCGACGAGCUUAGGCCACGACGCAUGGUUCAAGAGGAGAUGCUUCGCGGAGCGGGUUCAGACCAUGGUGAAUUUCCGGCAGCGGCGGGACGCGAUGAUGCAAUUGCGCGGGGUGGAGAAUUCAUUGGUGUGUUCUGACCUGGCUUGCUUGGCGCGCGUGAAUCCCCGGUCCCGCCUCGAUGCCAAGGCGACCGUGCAGGCGUAUGAGCAUUGCGAGAAGCACUUGCGCCGACGCGCAGUGGGUUCAGAGCCAAAGAAUUAUUUGUGCGACUUCGUGGAUUGCCUGUCCCACGCCUUGGGCGGGGACCUGAGCGGGGUGCAAGAGCAGUAUGAAUUGGUCACUGUAAUCGGAGUUGGGCCUUGCAGGUCGGCGGAUCUGCCAAUGCUUCGGUAUAUCAUCGAGUGGCUGCGGGACCACCGCGGCGAUUUCUACAAGAGCCGGAGUAACUUGGACAUCGUGUACGAAUUAUGUGAAUACCAGAAGAUACUCCGAUUUUGGCACUUGGGCAUCGGCACUUCCUAUGUUCCAGCAAAAGUUUUGCCGGUGUCGGAUUAUGUGUCGGAGUUGCCGCUGACGCAUGCAGAGUUGGUGGCGUUCUGCAAUGCUUCUAUCAGGACCGUCAGGGGCAUUGCGCGCAAGGAUUUGCAGCGCUGCCCGACGUGCCGUUUCGCCCGGGAGAAGGACUUGACCUCUGGCGCAGCGGGUGCCGCACAGGAUGACUCGCCUCCGAACGCCAUCGCCUCGGGGGCUUCGACCGACGCUGUCGACGGGGCUGGCGCGGGGGAUCAGGCGGGCGAGCUCGCCGAGGCCCAGCCGGGCGAGGCGAGCGCCGGCCAGCUCCCCGAGGCCCGGCUGGGCGACGACGACACCGGCGAGCUCGUCGAGGGCGCGCUGGUGUCCCUGAGCCAGGGGGCCGCCGAGGACGCGCUGGUGCCCUUAACACAGAAUGGCAGCGAGCUUCUGGAGAUGGUCGACGAAGAUAUGGGCAUCCGGUUCCGAGACCGGACGCGCGUCCGCGUGUCCCAGGAGCUGCGCGACCCGAUUCGGCCACUGCUACAGGCGUUGAAGGACGACGGCCAGAACCUGCGCGGUUGGAACCGGGCCUUGCAUACCCGAGACAUAUUUGUUGGAUUCGAGAGCGAGGAGAGCACCUACACGACCGUCCAGAAGUGGUUGGAGGAGAUCACGGCCGACGGACGCACCCACAUUGAAGCGGGGGCCGACCCGACGUUCUCCAUCCGUAAUUUGGUACCGGUUCCGAUGUACCGCGCAAUUCAGACCGUGGCCUUGCGGGGGGGCUGGCCAGCCGAGGCGCUGUUGCAGGCGAUCAUCACCAACGCCGGUUGGCUGGAACACCCCGCGACCAGGCUGAAGGAGAAGGCGGCCGACCAGCACGGCCGCGCGCCGAAUAUUCCGCAUUUCUGCGCCGGCGACCCCUCCAUGCGCAAAUCGUCGCUCUUCCUGUACACGUCCCGCGCCCUGAUGGAUUGCGACGGCGCGCCCCCGGAGAUCCGCGAGGGCACGGCGACGUCAGGAGAUGGCACUAUUCGUGGCCACCGUUGUUGCAUCUACAGCCAGAAGCGGUCCGGGGCGCGCACGGACGAGAUCGUCACCGCCUACGAUUGCGGACCCAUGCUCUCCAAACAGGCCAAGGGCAUCCACUGGCUAUCUCGGGCCAAGAUGAAUACCUUCGUGAACUGCGAGCGGGGCACCGUGCUGACUGGCAGUGGCCCAAUGCACUUGGAGAAUUAUUCUUUCAUCCACCAGGUCCUCGGUCAAGUCGCUCCUGUGGAGCACGUCAUGCGCCCCGCGAUGAUCGGCUACCAGAAGAGGUACCACAUCACCUGGAGAGCCGCCCCUCAGGGCCCUCCUUACGAGCCAGAGCAAGAUUGCACUGCGUCCGCGAAGCCGCUGAAGGAUUACCACUCCUGGCUCGCGGACAACGCCUUGGUCGAUUCAACCAACGUGGUGCUGGACCCCUACGCGCUGUCCUUAUUCGGUUAUGUUCGUAAGGCGGUGCAGGAGUGCUGCGACCAGACGGAGGGCCUCAAUGUGUACUACGUCCACAAGCUCAAGUUCUGGGACAGCGACGUCAUGAAGUUCGCUAACGUGAACAUGCGCAUGACCAUGUUCUUGGAGGACAACUUCGCGACCGGCCGGCCCCCGCGCGCGCCCGCGCCGGGCGCCGCCGCUGCCCCCCAGAUAAGCGUCUACGACCUGGCCCACGCGAUGCGCGCUUGGAGGCGGCAGAUUCUCUUGCACAUGACCUUCUACUACGCGGUGGCGCCGACUCCCGCGGGGAUCGGGCGCCCGCAGAGCGGGCCGACCUCCGGCCGGGGGGGCGGCGCACUGACCGUGGAGGACCUGUGCGCCAAGCUGAUCCUCUCCCACCGCAAGUGCGUCGGCGUGGUGAACACCGCUGACAUGCGCCUGUGGGUGCGCAAUGGCCUCAACGCGCGCGGCGUCAAGGAUGCGGCGACCGUGAUCGCCGCUGCGGUUCGCCGCGCAGCUGACGCUGGCUCGGUCGAGAUCGAGGACGCCCGCGGCCGCAAGAGGCCCGCGCCGGACGGCGACGAGGAGGCGCCGCCCCCGAAGGGUCCGAGCCCGAAGGGGAGGGCAGUCUUGAACAUCAAGAAGUGUUCGUGGGCGCAGAUCCAGGAGAAGCCGACGGCGAGGGACCUGGCAGCCACCCUGAGCCUGAGCGCUGAUUUCUUCCAGGGCUAG